AACAGUAUUAAACCAUUACACUGGUGCUGCUGCUGCUACUACUACUACCAAUAUCUAUACUUGUGUGCACUUUUUCCCUUUUUUUUCAACAAACCACCUCAAAAAUUCCCUUUUCUAGGGUUUUGAAAUGUUAGAGAAACAACAAUGGAGUUAGGGUUACAAUCUUCAUCUCCUUCUUCGAUUACCUGUCCUUUAGGUCUUUCCAUUCAUCAAAAUAAUUUGCAAAUUACCUCUGUAGAAUCUGAUUCUCCUUCUUCUCCUUCACUUGAUCAUGAUCAUCACCAAUCUUCCGAGUCUGUUGGUGGCGAACUAACUUCUCUUUCGAUUCACGAUACCAAAGUUGAAGCUGACGAUAAUGGUGAAGGUGAUUGCGAUCGUCGCUCCGAGGAUAGAGAAGAUGAAAAUAACGAAGAAGAAAAAGGGGAAAUAGAGGAUGAAAGCAAAAAUGAGGAGAGAGAAAACGGAGUUGAGGAAGAAGGUAACGGGGAAAUUGAGAAUGUGAUUAAAAAUGAGGAGAGAGAAAAAGAUUUGAGUCGUAGGAAAAGUAAUAAUAAUACUAGCAGGUUUCCUUUGAGACCCGAUGCUGAAGAUUGUUCCUUUUUUGUCCGUAAUGGGACUUGCAAAUUUGGAAUGAAUUGCAAGUUUAAUCACCCUUCCAAUCAUAGGAAAUAUCAGGGUGUUAAGGUGAAGGUGAAGGAAGAAUCUGCUGAAUCUGCUUCACAGAAGGUGAAGGAAAACGAUGAAUCUUUGCAAAAAGAACAGAUUGAUUGCAAGUACUUUGAUCGUCCUGGUGGGUGUAAGUUUGGGAAAGCUUGUAAAUUUAAUCACAGCAGGAAAACAAAUUCCACCUUCACGCUUAAUUUUAUGGGUUUGCCGAUUCGUCCGGGAGAGAAAGAAUGCCCUUUUUACAUGCGUAAUGGCUCAUGCAAGUUUGCAGCUAACUGUAGGUUUAACCAUCCUGACCCGACAUCUAUUGGAGGACCUGAUGCCUUGCCCAAAUAUGGUAAUGGAGGAUCUGUCUAUUCGCCCAAUGCCUCACAAUCGAAUAAGCCAUCCUGGUCUCCUCCUCCUGCUUUGAAUGAAAGCCCUCCUUAUGUAUCUAUUAUAUUUCCGCCUACUCAAGGUGUUCCUAUGCAGCCAGAAUGGAAUGCUUACCAGGCUCAGGUAUAUCAACCUCAGAGGAGUAUGCACCUGCCACCAACGUAUACAAUGAAUAAUCAGCUUCCUGAGAGGCCAGAGCAGAUGCUGGGUGAUGAUUUUCCAGAAAGGCCUGGCCAACCUGAAUGCAGUUACUUCGUAAAAAAUGGGAAUUGUAAAUACAAAUCUGCAUGUAAAUUCCACCAUCCCAAACGUGUGAUGGCUGUGUCACCUUCGUGUCAUCUCAGUGACUUGGGCUUGCCUCUAAGACCUGGUGAAAAUGUUUGCAGUUAUUACAGUCGAUAUGGAAUUUGCAAGUAUGGACCUGCAUGUAAAUAUGACCAUCCAAUAAACCAUGUUCAUUCACCAGAUCUGAGUGUCUCAGAGGCAGAGGUAGAUCAGACUCCUGUUAUAGGUGAUUCUAGGGUCAACAACCAAGCUAUCGCCAUGGCAGCCAGUAGCUAGCGUCUCUAAAUCUUCAGUCGGUAGCAAACAUUUUUAAAAAUGCCAUGUAAAUUACAAGCUGUAAUGACAUGUUUCUGGUUAGAGAGAUUUUAUGAAAACUUUUGCUGUUAUCAAGUGCUGGUUGAGCUUGUUCAGAAGGCUGUCUAAUUUAAUAUUUUCUUGAUGGCAAUCUGUAAAUUAUUAUUCCAGAUUAUAGUAUGUAAAAUAUUAACCUGAAAUUUUCAUUUAUGGGAACUUUAUGUUUAGAGUUUUGACCU